AUGGCGAUUAAAGAACUGAACGGUGAAACCGCGACCGGAGGCCUUCGUGUCUUGAUCGUCGGUGCGGGCAUUGGUGGUUUGACAGCAGCUAUUGCUUUGCGUCAGCAGGGUCAUCGUGUUGAGCUCUUCGAGCGAUCGCGAUUCGCAAACGAAAUCGGCGCUGCUAUUCAUUUGUCUCCAAAUGCCAAUGGAGUCCUGCAAAGACUGGGAAUUGAUGCGACCAAGUUUGGCGCUGUCGAGUGUGAAUUGUUGCGAGAGUAUACCCCGGCUGGAGAGCCCGUUCACAUCACCGAAGUAAAGCAGCAUGCAGGCAUGUGGCGACACAGCUGGCUGCUCGUCCACCGUGCCCACUUCCACGAAGGACUCAAGGCUGCGGCUCAACAGCCUGGCAAGGGAGAGCCUGCCGUUCUGCACACUGCCAGCAAGGUUGUCGACGUCGACCCGCACAAUGCGACCGUAUCUUUGGAGAACGGCGAUGUCAUCAAGGGCGAUGUCCUGAUCGGUGCCGACGGCGUGCACUCCCUCACUCGCACCAAGCUCACGCAGGACAUCAAGCCCGCCAGCUCGGGCAAGAAUGCUUUCCGCUUCCUCAUUACUCGCCAACAGGCACUCGAUGAUCCCGAGACGAACAGCAUCGCCCAGGACUUUGGCGCAGUCGAUAUGUGGGAUUCCAACGACCGUCGGGUGGUCAUUUACCCUUGCGCUAACAAUGAGUUGCUCAACUUUGUCUGCAUUCACCCGGAUUCAAUGACGACUAUUGACGCAGCUGGUGAUUCCUAUAAUCAGCAGAUUGGAAAGGAGACACUCCUCGAGGUGUUUAAGGAUUUCAACCCGCAGGUGCGCAAGCUGCUCGAGAAGGCUGAUCCCCAGACGCUGAAGCUGUGGCCUCUCCUCGAUAUGCCCACUCUGCCAACAUGGGUGAAUGACCGCCUGGCUGUGCUGGGUGAUGCCGUUCAUCCUUUCCUGCCCUACCGUGCUUCCGGUGGCGCUAUGGCUAUUGAAGAUGCAGUCUCGUUGUCCGUCAUGCUGCCACGAGGCAUUACGGCCGCCGAGGUCCCGGAGAGACUGAAGGUCUAUGAGAAGGCCCGUCAUGGACGUGCCACCACUGUUCAAGAGAUGACUCGCGAAUCUGCGCAGCUCUUGGCUCCUGAGAAGGCAUUCGGUAUGGUCGUGUACAUCUACGGCCACGAUGAGUUUGACCAUUCCGCCCAAGUCCUCCGCAAGCACCAGUGGGAACAAAACCCGCACAUGUACUGGCGCCAACCCAUCGUGUUCGGACCCAUGCCCGGUCCCCGACAAGACUUCAUGGGCAACGACCGUGCUCUGAAAUCCCUCGAGUCCACCUUCCAAACCGCCUCAAUCAAGUUCAAGACCAGCCGCACCCUCCUGCAGAACCUCUUCCCAUCAGACCGCUACAGCUUUAUUUCCCCCGGCAGCGUAGCCCGCGCCAGUUUCUCCCAGACCACCCUGAACGGCAUGGACUGGCUGGGCGGUGGUGGCUACCGCCACAUCGGACUGUACAUCCACGGAGUGCAGUAUAAGAAGGAGAACGGCGAGGUGCUCAAGGGUACUUACAUGCCGAUUUUGUUCGAGAGUCUGGCAGAUCCUAUCGUGUCUGGCCGGGAGGAACUCGGUAUGCCGAAGCUGUACAGCGCUAUUGACAUUCACGAGCGAAACAGCUCGUACCGGUACCAGACCAGCUGGCAGGGUGCCGUAUGGGGACACUUUGAGCUGGAGGAUCUAGAGGACGAGGAUCCGACCGCGGAUAAGGGUACUAUCGGCGGUGAAGAUGAUGAUGGAAUUUUGGUGUACCGCUAUAUCCCCAAGGUUGGUCGGGAUACUAAGGGUGAAGCCGAGGCAGAGUAUCCCGUCUUCGUUCCUCAUGCGCAGGAAUCCAAGGUUGUGCCUUCGAAGGUGACGCGCCUUCGUCGGACGAAGAAUGCUAAGAUUGAGAUUAAUGCGCUUGGAUGGGAUGCUUUGCCCACUUUGAACCAUGUCGUGUCUCGCCUCGGUGAGAUUCCUAUUGAUGAGAUUAUUGAUGCUAAGAUCACCGAGGGUCGGGGUGUGCCUGAUGUCUCUAGUGCUCAACGAAUUGAGUAA